GUGAGCGCCACGCCCACUCGUGAGGGACUGGGGUGUCCUCCACAGAACACGCUCCCACACUUCACCUGAGCUCCCGAGAUCUAGCCUGCUGCCAGGCGUGGUUUUACUUGGGAAUCAGAGGCAGACUGAGGUGCAAUAAAUACUCCACACAGUUCUACUCUCACACUGCCCUUCAUAAAACCCUACUUUUGUAUGCGCUUGCACUUACAGAUACUCCAGGAUCAGGUCCCAUCAAAGACGUGACCCUUCUGUAACUCCUUGUUGUCAGUUUUCAAACACUCCCUGGUCCUAGGUGAUCAACAAUCUAGGAAACCAUUAUUUCCAUAAUAAAAAGCAUCACAUCCACUAUACUAAUCAGAACAGAAACAGUGGGGUAAAACAACAAGGUGUUAUCAAUAGCAAGAAUUAAUUUAUCUGCUUAAACGUCUCAAAUGGAACAUCACGUACUAACAUUGCAUUUCAACAUCUGAAUUAUUUUAAUCUUUUCAGUUCUGUAACGUACUGUACUUUUGUGUUGCCAGUUCUUUACAGUGGGAGGGGCUGACAAGAGUUUAUUUUGGAACAUGGUCCUAGAGCACCACUGUGCUACAAAGGAAAGUCAAUGAAGUGAAACCAUAUGAUAGCAAUAACCUUUACAGAGGCCAAGCCAUAUAUACAAAAAUGUCUCUGUAGAUGAAGUGAAGUUGGACUGAUGUCAUUAAAAAAUGCCACUUAAAAAUGUUUUUUUCUGGAUUUUCUAAAUGUUCUCAAAAGUUUUCUAAAUAUUUUGUUUUUGGUAUUUUGUUUAUUGGCUUCAGAGGAAAUAACAUUGUUACACUAUUUGAAAAGGCAUCUACAUUUUAAUCCUCACUUUGUUUUAAGAUGACACUUCUCCCUUUUAAAAUCUUGCCAAAUCAAGACACGAGGUUCAUGCAAUCUCUUCUCAAAAACGUGCAGAGAAGGGUAUUUCUCUAUUCGCACAAGACCAGUUAUAUUAAACACCAAAUUAAUCACUCAAACCUGAUUAAGCCAAAGUUUGUAACUGGGAAUAUUUUAUAUUUAAAUUAAAACUAAACUGCCUUUGGCAACGCAACAUUUUCAUUUCAUCAUACGGAGACCUGAUAGUUUGCGACAAUCGAAGAGCCGGACGGGUUAGUUAUGCAAGUAACCCAGCCGCCUGGGUCUUGGAGCAGAGAAACAUUCCUCGGUUUUCUUGUGUGCCACAGAAAUAAACACUGUUUUUCAUCCUCAGAAAUAAAAAGUGUUUCUAUUUUUUUUUUCAGUUUGGGUAUUAUAAUCUGGUAAGUACUUUAAUAUGCAAGGGAUGCAUUAUUGUAUUACACUGUAUGUUGUUUUACAAAAUAAUAUACUGAGUUAUUGUUCUUUCAUGACGUGAUUAGCUUCCCUUAUGCAAGUAUAGUAUUCUGCUGUGCACCGGUGAUAUUUUAACGUUAGAUUCACACAUCACAGUUGUUUGAUCUACAUCUGCUCCUUUAACGUCUUUGUUCUCAUUCAACAAUACACAUUCAAAACCUACCAGAAAAAGUAGGCCCAUUGAACCAAAGAUGUAGGUUCAGUGCUAAGCUUAUUAGAAAUACUGAUCCUCUACAUCGCUUCCAAAAACUGCGCUUUGUCCGCUUACUGUUAGUCCGAAAUCCAUCUGAUCACUGCAGCGUUUUCAGAGACUUCCAGACACUAGACAUGCAGGCAUUGAAGAAAACUACUGGGAAGGCAUGAAGUAGGAACGACCCCUGAGGAGAACCCCAGAUAUCUGGGAUCAAACAAUUCUAGGGGAAACUCAUGAUGAAGAUGAUGAAAUCCUUCCAAGAAAAGAUUAUGAGAGUUUGGACUAUGACAAAUGCAUCAAUGAACCCUAUGUGGAGGUUUUGGAGGGAAUGGACAAUAAGACAGCCAGAAAGUAUGAAGCAGUGAAGUGGAUGGUUGUAUUUGCCAUUGGGGUCUGUACCGGUCUGGUGGGUCUUUUUGUUGAUUAUUUUGUACGGCUCUUCUCUCAGAUCAAGUUGAACUUGGUUGGAAAAUCCGUGGAGGAAUGCAGUGAAAAGGGCUGUCUUGCUUUAUCCCUAUUAGAACUACUGGCUUUCAACAUGACCUUUAUCUUUUUUGCUAGUGUUUUAGUUCUUAUUGAGCCUAUAGCUGCAGGGUCAGGUAUACCUGAGAUAAAGAGCUACUUGAACGGGGUGAAAAUUCCUGGUAUUGUGAGAUUCCGGACCUUCGUGUGCAAGGCAGUGGGAGUUCUGUUCUCUGUGGCUGGAGGACUCUUUGUUGGGAAAGAGGGCCCAAUGAUUCACUGCGGCUCCAUCAUAGGAGCAGGCCUGCCUCAGUUUCAGAGCAUCACUUUUAAGAAAAUUCGCUUCAAUUUCCCCUAUUUCCGUAGUGACAGAGACAAGAGGGACUUUGUGUCAGCAGGGGCUGCAGCUGGUGUGGCAGCUGCUUUUGGGGCUCCUAUAGGAGGAACACUGUUUAGCCUGGAGGAAGGGUCAUCCUUUUGGAACCAGGCACUCACAUGGAAAGUGUUGUUCUGUUCCAUGUCGGCCACCUUCACCCUCAAUUUCUUCCGCUCAGGAAUUAUGUUCAACAGCUGGGGCACUUUUCAGCUCCCAGGGCUUCUAAACUUUGGAGAGUUUAAGUGCUCGGAUGGCAAUAAGAAGUGUCACCUGUGGACCGCAGUGGACCUGGCCUUCUUUGUGGUGAUGGGAAUAGGUGGCGGCUUGCUAGGAGCUCUAUUCAACUGCAUGAACAAGAGGCUGGCCAAGUACCGCAUGAGGAAUGUGCAUCCCAAAGCCAAGUUCGUCAGACUACUGGAGAGCCUUCUAGUUUCCAUGGUUACAACAAUAGUGAUAUUUGUGGCCUCCAUGACUCUUGGGAAAUGCCAGAACCUCUCUUCUCCUACCACUGACAAUACCACCCUGCUGCUGCAAAGCCCUGCCUCCGAGGAUGGAAACUCCACCAUAAAGCAGUUCUUCUGCCGAAACAAAACCUACAACGACAUGGCGGCUCUCUUCUUCAAUCCACAGGAAGUGGCCAUCCACCAACUGUUCCACCAAGACGGUACAUUUAGUCCUGAGACUUUGACUAUUUUCUUUGUGCUGUAUUUUCUGCUGGCUUGCUGGACCUACGGUGUCUCUGUGCCGAGUGGCCUAUUCGUGCCCUCCCUGCUGUGUGGGGCUGCGUACGGCCGACUUGUAGCAAACAUCCUGAAAACAAACAUAGGAUUGGACAUUUACGCUGGGACCUUCGCUUUGAUUGGUGCAGCUUCUUUUCUUGGGGGUGUGGUCCGGAUGACCAUCAGCCUGACUGUCAUUCUAAUCGAAUCGACCAAUGAAAUAUCAUACGGGCUGCCCAUCAUGAUAACUCUCAUGGUAGCAAAGUGGACUGGAGAUUUCUUCAACAAGGGCAUAUAUGAUAUCUACAUUGUUCUCAAAGGAGCGCCUUUAUUGGAGUGGGAGACAGAGGUUGAGAUGGAUAAACUGACAGCUAGUGACAUUAUGGAGCCCAAUCUGACCUAUGUGUACCCCCACACUCGUAUCCAGUCUCUGGUCAGCAUCCUGAGGACCACAGUGUACCAUGCUUUCCCUGUGGUAACAGAGAACCGAGGCAACGAGACAGAAUUCAUGAAAGGGAACAUUCUCAUUAGCAACAACAUCAGGUUUAAGAAGUCAAGUAUCCUGACCCGGGCCGGGGAGCAGCGGCGCCGGAGCCAGUCCAUGAAGUCGUACCCGUCGAGCGAGCUGCGCAACGUGUGCGACGAUCAGGUCAGCGCCGAGCCGGUGGACGAAGGACAGGACAUGCUGCAACAGAUGCUGGAGAGGAGACAUGUGCCUUAUCCCAACCUGUACCCUGACCAGUCGCCCAGCGAGGAGUGGACUAUGGAGGAGCGCUUCCGCCCUUUGACCUUUCAUGGUCUAAUCCUGCGCUCCCAGCUGGUCACUCUGCUGAUACGCGGUGUGUGCUAUGCAGAAAACCAAUCGAGUGCAACACAGCCACGGCUCUCAUUCAGUGAGAUGACUGAAGACUAUCCUCGAUACCCCGAUAUCCACGACUUGGAUCUGCUCUUACUCAACCCUAGGAUGAUAGUGGAUGUCACACCAUACAUGAACCCUUGUCCGUACACUGUGUCUCCGAACACCCACGUCUCUCAAGUCUUCAACCUCUUCAGAACCAUGGGACUGAGACAUUUGCCUGUGGUCAACGCUGUAGGAGAGAUCGUUGGGAUCAUCACCAGGCACAAUCUGACCCAGGAGUUUCUCCUGGCCAAGCUUAGGCAGCACUACAUCACCAUGUGAGUUGCAGCAGCACCUGGCGACAUCUUCGAGCCUUUCAGGUGGGACCCCUUCUUCUCCUUGAGCACAGCAACUGGGGGCCAAAGCAUCCAUUAUUCCAAGAGCACCCAGGGGAAGAGCCUCCAUGCACCGCAGCACUGUAUCUACAGCAUUGCACCACUCAUGCUUAAGAGAGGUUUUACAUACACAGUAGUUUUGUUGGAUCAGCAGUGGGUGCUUCAAAGUAAGUCUGAUGUCCAAUAUAUCUAAUUUUUUGCUAUGCCUACAGAGAGUCUGAAAGUGCUCUCUGAUUCCUGUAUUUCUGCUUUAUCAACUACACUAUAGCACUUUUUUUGUGAUUUUGCAUUAGAUUUUUUUGUACUAAUCAGUGUUCUGUGACACUUCUUAGAAGGAACUUAAGACUUUGACUCAAACUGGAAAUGCCUUUACAAUCUGAAAAAAGAGAUGACUAUAUCCUGUUUACAAGUGCUGUCAUUUUUAGAUAAGCAUUGCAUUGGACUAACGGUAAAACAUUCAAAUUUUUUUGAGCUGAAAAUGCACAAUGAUAUGGGGGUUAAUUUGGCAAUGCAGUUUUCCCCUAUACAUUUUAAAAUCAGUCUCUUUGGUUAAAUUCUACUUUACACAUUUUUAACCAUUACAGAUAUGGGAAUGUUAUUAAAUGUUGAGAAGAUGAUCUGUGAUUAUAUUAGAAUGAAUUUUGAAUUGCAGAAUUAUUUAAUACUUCCCUGUGUUGUAAAACAGUUAAUUGAAAACUGAACUUUAAUCUCAGGAAAGUGAUCACAAUCCAAUGCUGGGCAAAUGAGAAACACUUAACUUUGCGAUAGGAUAACUCACUGUUAAUCUAAUGGACUGCUUUCUGUGCACUCAUUAUGUCAUGGUCAAGUUUUAUUUAACGUACUAGUGAAACAAGUUACAGUAAUCUCCAUGCAGGCAAUUAGUAGAAAAUUAUCUAGCAGAUGAUUCAGUUGACGGUGAUGACUCAUUUGUUGAACAAGAAGCAUUCCUCUUUAUAAUAUUUAUGCUGCAUAUAAUUUGAGAAUUUAUUUUUGGUUUGUUGUUUUUGUGUUUAUUUUGUCAUACCACUAAACUUUCAUUUGCAGGUACAUAAAUUGCCAAUAAUGAUACAUGAUGAUCAAAUCAAAAAGUUCAGGAACAUACUGGUAUUUGGUUUUAAAAAAGAGAGAAUAGGAAGCAUCAUUUAUGAAUAUAAGCCCGUUAUGUGUAAUAUAAAACCUAGUAAGAAACCAUAUUAUUGAAUUCAGAACCAGUUUAACUGAGCUGUUUUCAAGCAGACAAGCAGCAACUGUGACUCACAUUUAGUCUGAAAUUAAGUUUUAUCCUAUGAUAGGAAGUUUCCUAGAGCUUCCUGUAGAAUGGUAACAUGCUUGUUUAGUCCUCGAAAACCAAGGAGUUUGGUUUUGAGUUACUCAAAAUGUUGUACAGUGAUGCAGAAAUUUGAAUCAGUAUCAAGUUAAUAAAAUUGCAAAUUGGGAUAUUUAAGGUUUAUUUGCUUAGAAUCAAUGUAACUAAAAUCAUGUGAUUCAAAGUUAGAUAAGGUAUAUAUGUUUUAUUUUACUGUUUAAGUUUUGUUGAAUGGAAAUGUUUCCAUUCACACUGAUGUACUUUCAGUAUUUUGGCAUUAUGGUUUUGACAUUGCACUGACAGAGUAGCAUUUUUCUGUUGUUUACCUGAGAUUAAUUAAAAAACAGCCUUUGUUUCAUUAGUAAAAGAAGCUAAAGUCUGGCCACUCAAAUAUAGCAUUUUUAUGAUGUUUGAAGAUAUUUUUUAACAUUUUUAAAUACAACUAGGGCAUAUUUCUGUUGCAGGAAAACAUUCCUUUUAUGCCUUAGAUAAAGCUAUCGGGCAUUCUUUGAAGGCAGUAAACAUAAGCUAGAAGUUUCAUUUUACUUACUAUUAAACUGGAAUUCACACGUAUCGAGUUGUGUACAGCACCUGUAUGUUGCUGUACUGUGCUGGUCAACAGGGCAGCUCUCUUUGUGGUUAGAGAAGAGCAGGUUGCGAAUAGUAUGUCAAAAGAAGGUAGUGUAUUCAUUUUAUUUUCCUUGCAUGAACGGUAGUUGCCACAUUACUUUCUUGCAACAAGUCUCGUUUGGCAGUAUGCAUGGUGUAGUAUUGUAAUGAUUCAGGAGGUUAUGGAUAUGGAAAAUGUGAAGAGACAGACUUUCAGGUCUUCUCUUAUCUAUCUGUGAAAUUCACCUGUUAACAGAUGUUGAGCUUCUCCACCAAGAUGAUGAGUCCUGCUGACGUCUGAUCUGAAUUGAAAAUUCACUUAGCUUGACACCAAAUAUCUCUCUGUAAAUCAUAAAACUUUCAUUAGUCUUUUGAAUGAAGUAGGUCUGUGGUCUUAUUUUGGAAUAAUGAAAUAAUUUCCUCCUUCAACAAGACUUGCUCUUGUGUAGAACAUCUUGUUACAGUUCAAGGUGUCUUUAUCUGCAGUGGUUAUGUGGCCAUUCACAGCCAUCCCACUGCCAUGUACACUACACUUUAAAAGUGGGACAUUUAACUGGGUAAAUGUGGGGAAACUAUCCAUAAACAUUGGCUGAUUAUAAUAAAGCAUUGAUUGUUUCACCAUCAAUACACCCUCAGAGCUGAUGCAUUCAUUUUUAUUAAAUUCACUUUGUUAUUUGAUAUUUUGUAUGUUUUGAUUAAUUUUUUGCACUUACCUGCAAGAUAAGUAUUGGUACUUAUUGUGUUUGGUUGAAAGCAUGUGAAAACAUGUUUAUCAGAAUCGGUAUUGACAGAACUUUGUGUUCUUGUUUCUGACACUAAAAAAUCUCACACUAUAAUUGUUCCAUUUUCAUGGAAAUAUCAUUUCUUUCCUUCAUAAUUUAACAUUUUUUUCCCCAAUAUUCACUUUAUUAUUAAUGUUAAAGUUAGCAGGAAACUGAAUGUUUUGUUUUGUGAUGGAAAAAGGCUAUGUUAACUUAAUCUGAUAGACUCUGUUAAAGAUCUGGUUACAAUAAAAUUUUCUGUGUGUGACACAGUCACCAGUCAACUUAUUUUUAAUCAGUAAUGUGACACUGUGGCCCUUUAUCACGUUAUGGUCUGUAUUACAUGAACAUUUUGAUCCGCUCAGCAAUUGCAAAAUGGGAGCUUUGAUGGUAGUUUUUCAAUGAGAAUUGCUUGGCAAGCAGUCUUGAGGCACUGUUUGUAUGUGGAUUAAAUUUCUCACGUAACCUGUUUAUCUGUCUGUAGACCAAAUGUAUUAGGAUAUAAAAGUCCACAGACGGAACAGAAUUGAUAGCAUCCUCAGAACACAUUUUUUGAAAAGCCAUAGAAUAAUAUAUAGUCUGGUGCAUACAGUAUAUACAGUGUGUGUGUAAUGUGGCUUUUUGUGAAAUAGCAAAAGGGCUUAAAUGUUCCUUGUUUGUUACCUCUCAUUGGUGAAGUCUGCAUGUGCCAGUCCAAAUUAAGUUGCUGCAGAUAUCAAAACCUGGAAUCUUUGUCCCUGAUCCUAGAGAGCCCCAGCCUACGUGCUAGGUCACAUUUUUCUAAAAUGUGGGAAUGCUUGUAACGAUUAAUCAAUUAAGCAAUUAAUGCACUCAAUUCAGAUUAUACCGAUUCUCCAGGACUGAAUGGGAUUUUUGGUCCCAAACGACCUCUAAAUUUAAUUCACAGGUCACUUGCUUAAGUCUACCAAACCUUUGGAGACUUGAGGCGAUUUAAUGGAGAUAUAUAAAAUCUGUUGGACUGGAACUCUCUUUUGAGAGUUUUUGAAACCCUAAGCUGUUCAUUUUCCCCAUGUGAGCUAUAUGAUUAGUUAAAGUAUUUGUGAUUUGUUUUGCAUAUCUCCUACAAGUUCAGUCUCACCAAAGCCAGUUAUUUUUUUAUCUAAUAUUUUUUCUGCCAGAAAGGUAUUAUGCUCCCAAGGAAGCUUAUUGCUGCAAGAAUAAGGAUGCUGGCAACUGUUUCGUGCAUGUACUCCAGCUUUGUUGAAUAAUACUUUGUUUUGGUAAACAAUGUCUCCCAACAAUGCAAAAAUGCCCUUAUUUAGGUUGUUUUUUCAGUUUGUUUUCAUGUGUCCAAGCCAUAUUAAAAAGGGAUAAUUUCCACAUUAUGCACUUUCAAUUUCUGUGUCUUUUCCUGAUGCUUGUGUACAGAUUUGUUCGUACUUUUUUUCCACUACAAGAAAAAGAUAUUCAUUUUGGAUAUUUGUGAUAUGUAAUUUAGCUACCUUUGGUAUUAUAAAACAAUGGUUUUGUACUUGAGUUGGAUUCCACUUGUUCUGUCUGUAUGUUUGCCUUAAUGUGUCAAACAAUUAAAGGAAAAAAAGACUUGUGCACUU